CCUCCCCUGCUUGCUCUCUCACUGUCUCAAAAAAAAAAAAGUAAGGGUGUAAGGGUGUGCCUCCUACUUUUUCCUCCACUGGCUGAGAUGGGACCUAGCAGACAUGGUGGUGAACUCUCUUGGACAUGGAAGACAAGGACCACCUCUUUGGAGAAGGCAGGGAGAUUUCUCUGGCUGGAUGCAGAAAGAUCCCAAGCUUGCAAAGGGUUUGAAGCACCAUUGCUGGCUUGAAGAUGGAUGAGUCACAUGGCAAGUAAAGUGGGUGGCCUCUAGGACCUGAAUGUGGCCCCCAACUGAUGGCCAGAAAGGAGAUUGGGACCUAGUCUCACAACUGUGAGGAUCUGAAUCCUGCCAGCAAGAAUGAGCUUGGAAGACAAUUUUCCCCCAGUGCCUUCAGAUGAGAACUCAGCCCAGCCAACCCAUGUUUCUGACACUCUGAGCAGAGAACCCAGUCAAGCCAUGCUAGACAUGAAUCUCCAGAACUACCAGACCCAGCCAGGCGGAUCAGCUAUUCCCAAGGGGUGUGGACAGCCAGCAGGUUUGGUCUGGGCCGCAGUGCUUCCCUGCCCUCGCCCUAGCCCCUGACCCUGCCCUUGUGCGACCCGGGCCCAACGGGCCCAAUGCCGAUGCUGACUCCUCCCCUUUCCGGCUCCCCCGGUGCUCCGGUGUUCCGAGUUCUGGGGUGAAGGCUCGGGCCUCUUGGGAUCCUGUAACCGUUCUAACAGUUGAGAGGGGAUGGAGCUGCGGGCCAUCCCCAUGCUCCACUCCCAGUGACCGUUCCUUGCUGUUACCAAAGUUCUGAGCGAGCCCUUUCUGGGUGUGCGUCAGUUUGUCUCUGCAAGUGAUCACUCCUCCAUGUGCCAGUCUCUUUGUGUGGGCAGCUGUGAGUAGAGUGAGCCUGUGCUUGGGACCUAAGUCCCGGUCCACCAGUUUCUCCAACAGGCAAUUAGGAUGAAACCUCACCAGCAUAUCAGUCUCUCUUCCCUUCCAUUGCCUCCUGUACCCCUUACACCAGGUGAGACCCAGCAGCCAGGAGCCUGGAACUGGCAAUCAGAGCCUGAGCAGUGGGCAAGGUCAGUUCGACAGCAGUUGAAUGCCCAGCUCCUCUUGGCCUCGGAGCCGAAGGUGGAUUUGUCUCCUGAAGAGGCAUCACCUGAAGCUCUUGAAUCUCAGCACUCCGUAAGUGUUCCAGACCCGGAAGAGCCGCUCCGAGACUGCCAGAGGACACAGAGGCAGUUCCUGAAGACCGGGAGCCAGUCAGAGCAGCCCACAGCGCUGGAGCACUUGGUAGCUGAGCUCCAGACUCUGUUCUCAGCUGUGUUGCAGGAUGGCAGCCCAGCAGCUUGGCACUACCUGCAUGCAGUGCUGCGCCUGCUGCCUCCAUAUCGUGUGCUGCUUGUUGGUCACCUUGAUUUGCUGCCCUUCCUGGAACAGCUGUCCCACUGGGCACCCUGGGUCCAAUCCCAGCUCCAGCUGGACCUGCUAGAUGCCAUAGAGCAGGCCUUUCCCCCAGAUACCUCUUUGUUAGAGAGUGCCUCCCAUAUUGAAUGCUGUCCCCAGAGGCACAAGUUCCAUCAUAGGCCCCCACGCCCAGCCUGUCCUUUUGUGCAGGCCCGCUGGGGUGGGCAGCACGUGAAGGAGGAGUUGGCUACGUGGCUGCGACCGUUGACCCUGCCGGAGUUACAGCACAGCCUGGGUAUUGUUGGUGCUCAGGUGGCCCUGAAAGAGACCUGGUGGCUAGACGGCCUUAGCCUCCUGCCCUUGGCACUGGCCACAGACAUCCCUGUCCAGUAUGAAAGCAGGGACACUGACGACACAGAGGAGGCACCUGCUGGAAGAAAAGAGACUAAGUCUCAGCUUGAUCCAGAAAUUCCUGGGAAGACCUUACAGAAGAGAAGCUCUGGCUUCUCAUUUCAGAUGUCCCUCCUGGGUAGCCAGGUGACGACCAUUUUAAAGACAGAGAGAUCCCUGAAGAAGAUCCGCUUCCUCUAUCUCAAUGUAGCUCCCAGCCGGUACUUUAGGCCCUACAGCCUGAUGGUGGUGCCCCCCAAGAAGGUGAACCCUGAGCACUACAUCUUCUCUCCCUUUGGGAUCCUGCAUGUCCAUCCUGAGGAGGGCAGUGAGACGAUCACGCUGGGCACCUGGCACCGCCACUCUGUCCUCUGGCAGCAGCUCCAGUCCAUCCCAUUCUUCAAAUAUUGCCUCUUGUACAAGGCCUUGGCUUGUUGGAAGAGGAGUGUGAAGUUGCAUGGGUUGCACCGGCAGCAGACUUUCCUAGGGAAGCAUCUGCUCUUUGCUGUGCCCCACUUUGGAGUUGGGCUCCUGCAUAUUAGCAGGCUUCUGCAGGAACUGCACUCUGUCUCCUGGCUCCCAAAAGACCCCGAUCGAUGCUAUGGGCUGCUGGACCUGCAACAGGCUCUAGCCAAGGAGAACUACACAGCUCUGCAGCUGUUCCGUCGUUGCCUGCUCCUCUGCACAUCCAUCCUGCACUUGGUUCAUGAGGAUACAUAUCACAUGCAGCAGGGCCUGCAGGAGCGAGUGAAAAACUGCAAGAGGAUCAGGACUGACCAAUGCUCGUUGUACCUUCAGAAGGUACAGGGCGAGCAGCUGGAGCAAAAGCUGAGGCAGGCAGAGGCCUGGUUACUGCGGCUGGGACAGUUGGCCCGCCUGGUGGACUACAUGAUUGGCCAGAACCUUGUGUCUAUCAUAGAGGAGGAGAUAACCUCCUUCGUGGCCAAUGUCCUGCAGGCCCCAAGGCAGAAACCCUUUCUCUCAGCACAACUGGUCUUUGACGAUUGUGGCCAGCUGUCUCAUGAGCCGUGUAUUGAAAACAUGAUCCAGGUUCUCACUGGGGCCCUGCAGUCUGUCAAGGCCUCUGCCCUGAAGGUAAUGGAAUCUACAGACCUGAAGGCCCCCUGGGACUCCUUGUAUUCUGAAGAAGAAGAUGAAGAGGAGGACUCAAACAAGGAAUUCAUGAUGCCCAAGCUCCAGGGCCAGCCCAGCGACGCUGUGAACAUCUUUUGUGGCCCAAACAUAGGAUUGGUGUUGCCCUGGAAGUCUCGCACAGCUACUGAAGCCCUGGAGGUCCGUGGGUACCGGUUGCGGGGUCAGUACUUGCCCCCCAAUCAUAAACAGCUGCAAGAGGACCUGGACAAUAACCCUCGAAUCCUGCAGGCACUGACCUUGCAACAGGCCUUGCUGGAGGGCAUGCUGCGGGAGGUGAAGGAAUUCUGCAAGGAACAUCACUGGAUGACAGGCAUUCAUGAGUUCCUGCAAGCCUGGGGGCCUCAGAAACUGGAGUCCAUGAGAGGUUGUCCCAUCAAAGACUACAUAAUGCUGGUGAGCCACGUGAGCAUGUGGCAGACCCGUGUCUCCAAUGUGCCUAAGAAGUUGAUCACAAAAGGCAGAUUGCUGCUGCUGAGCUGCCAUCACAUACAGGCGGAGAUGGAAUCCAAGCUGGAUAGCAUCAGGAAGGAUAUUCUUACGCAUCUGCAGAAUGAGUGCUGGACCCGCAGUCAGCAACUAAUAACGGAGCUCACAGAUUUCACCGAGGCCUUCCAAACCAUCAACUCAGAUAUUCAUACCAUUGCACGGUGCUCCCAGAAGUUGAACAAGGCCAACAAGCAGUAUGCAGAGCUGGAGAAGCGAAUGGAAUACAUACGGGCACUCCACGAACUCAUCCGCAACCACUUUAGCCUCUUUAGUGCUGAGAAUGAGGCACUGGACGUCUCGCUACUGGAUGUGUGGGAGGCAUUUCAAUUUGAGAAAAGCCAGGCCUCAGAGAUCCUGCUCAGCAAGCAAAAUUCCAUUGUGCCCAAGCUGCAGCAGCUGAUAGCAGCGGCACUUGCAGAGCUGGAAGGCCUGAUUGAGAAGGCCCUCUCCGGCCCCUUCAUGGACCCUGCACAAGAACAGAGGAGCAUGGAGUGUCAGCUCAUCUCCCUGGAGCGUCAGUUCCACAACACAGCCAGCCAUCUCAGUGAACUGCACCAUGCCUAUGCUACCUUCACUGGGGAUGAGAGUCCUGUGCCCUUGCCAAUCUGCGGGACCUGUCCGAUCGUGCAGCAGCAGCGCAUCUGGAACCUGUACCGAGUCAUCUCUGAAAGCAUAAGUGAAUGGAAGCACAUGGCUUUUGCCAAGUUCAGUAUGACUAUGGCCCAGGAGAAGACAGAUGGCUGGCUGAUAGAGGUGGCCAGGAUGAGCAUGACCCUGGGGCUACACAGCCCAGUUUUGCAGCGCUGCAUGCACAUGCUGGAGGAGUUUCGUGUCUACCUGCCCAUACUUAACAAGCUGGGCAGCUUCCAGCUGCAGAACUUAAACUUCCAAGCCCUCCUGCGAGCCUUAGGGCUGGGCAAUCUUCACAGCCUGGAACUCCUAACACUGGGCCAGCUGCUCACUUGUCCACUUCUAGAAUUUGCAGAUCGAAUCAAUCAGAUCUGGCAGUGUGAAAACAAACGAAUCCAUGCCCAAGAAGCUCUACGGCGGAUGCAGCGGGUCUGGGAGACACGUCAGCUGCGACUGAUCAACUUCAUCUUGUAUGUACCCUCUGAGCCCCCAGCCUUGGAGGACUCCAAGAAGCAAAUGUCCCACAGCCCCCUGUGGGAGGUGGUGGGCAAGAAUAGCGGCACCUUCAUCCUUUCAGAUUUCAUCAGCCUGCAGGAUUCCAUCCAGGACAGUCUUCAGGUAUUGUUCAAGAUCCUGGCCAUCCAAAAGUCAGGAAACUUAAACAAAAUAGCUUUGGAGUGGGUGACCAUCAUGCGUAGCCUGAGUACCUUGCUGGAGAUGUGGAUGACUUUCCAGCAGAAGUGGAUUUUUCUGAAUAAAGUUCUAUAUGAAAUGAAGAUCGAGUUUCCUAGUUCUGACUUGAACUCCCGGUUCAAGGCCAUGGAUGAUCAGUAUCGGAUCCUGAUGCAGACCUCUGUGGCUGACCCCCUGGUUCUGUCACUUGUAGUGCCCAGCAUCAAGCGGAGCCCUCACUUCCAAGGCCAGCAGCUACAACAACUGCUGCAAGCAGGCUCGGUGGAGCUGGAAGGCAUCAUCAUGUCCCUGGAGAGUGUGCUGUACGGGGUGUGCACUCACUUCCCCCGCCUCUUCUUCCUCAGCAGUAGUGAGCUGGUAGCCCUGCUGGCUACACCCCCGGAGCCAUGUGAGGCCCAGCUCUGGGUACGACGCUGCUUUCCUCAUGUGUAUGCUGUGAGCUUCAAGUCCAGCCCAACUGACAAAAACAUGGGUGACCGGGACUCAAGCCCAAAGCCUUCUACUCAGGUGGAAGCAUUUGCAGUGCUUGGGGCGGGUGGGGAAGAGAUGAAGCUGCAGGGGUCCAUCCCUCUGCAUCCAGAUCUCCCCAAAUGGCUGGCCCAUCUGGAGAAGUGCCUGCGUUUGACACUGGUGCACAGGCUGCAGGGCUGUGUGGCUUCCCGUCUCGCUCUGGGCCCAUUCUUAGAUGAGGCCUUCAAGCAGCUGCCCCAGCAAGGCCAGCCACCCCAGCAAGGCCAGCCGCCCCUGCAGCUGUGUGUCCACCACUGGUUAGACUUAGUCCGGGCCUUCCCUUGGCAGUGUGUGAUGGUGGCAGAGGAAGUGGUAUGGCGGGCGGGGAUGGAGGAGGCUCUGCUCAAGGGGAGGACCCUGAACAUGGUCCCCAUGCAUGUGCGCAAGCUCGAGGCACUGGUGCAUUUUAUACGGGCUCAGAGGGCCUCCCAGGGUGGGGAGCCCCUGCCUUCUGUCCGUCAGACCAGCCUGCUCAGUGCCCUGCUGGUCAUGGCAGUGACUCACCGGGAUAUAGCGCAGCUCUUGCAGGAGCACCAGGUCAGUGAUCUGACAGAUUUUCACUGGUCCCGCCAACUCAAAUACCACCUGGGUUCACCUCACACUAUCCCCCAGAAACCCCUGCAGAGUCUCAAGACUAUUGCAUCUACUGAGACUUCUCUGUCGCCAGCUGCAUGCUGGGUAGAUGUGCUGGGUCGGUCCUUCCUGUACAAUUAUGAAUACCUGGGUCCCAGACUAGAGUCUCUACCCAGUCUGCUGCCUGAACGGCCAGCCCUGGUGCUGUUAUUGGCCUUGGAGGAGGUAGCCUGUGGGACUCUAGUAGGCCCUGAAGGAGUGGGGAAGACAGACACGGUGAAGAGCAUGGCACAGGCCCUGGGACGCCAGCUGGUGAUGAUGCCUUGCCUGCCUCAGAUGGAAGCCCAAAGCCUGAGCAACUACCUGAACGGAGCCUUGCAGGGUGGUGCCUGGCUGCUGUUGGAGGAGGCUCAGCGUCUCCCCCCUGGCUUGCUCUCUGCCCUGGGCCAGCGCCUCGCUGAGCUGCACCACCUCUAUGCCCCACUGUACCAGGAGGCCUCCCAAAGCACCAGCACUCUUGACCCCACACACCCUCAGCUCCUGGGCAGUGGCUUCUUUGAGAAACGUCACGUGUACAUACGCGUUGGCUAUGGCUGUUUCCUGACGCUGCAUUCCCUGAGUCCCGCUGUGCCUGCCAACCUGCACCUGCUGCUGCGGCCUGUGGCACUGACACUACCUGACCUGCAGCAAGUGGCAGAGCUGACCCUGCUGGGUGCGGGGAUGCAGGAUGCCUCCCGCAUGGCUUCCUGCUUGUCUAAAUUCUUCUCCCUAGAGCGUGAGCUGGUGUCUGCAUCCCUGCCCUGCCGCUUGCCAUUGCUCAAGCAGGUACUGGAAGACAUGAUACAAGAUAUAAAUGUAACCAAGGAGCCCAAGUCCCAGCGGCCUGAUAGCCUAGCUGUCAAUGAGGAGGAUGCCCUACUGCGUGCCCUGCUACACUCACCGCUGUUCAGCUUCCUCAGUGGUGUCCACCUGCACGACCUCCAAGAGCUGCUCUGUGGGCUCUUCCCUAAUGCCCGCCAGGUGCUGGCAGAGCCUGUGACCCACACGCUGAGGAAGCCACUGCUGGUGGAGGAACUGCAGCAGAUGGGCCUCCAUCCCAGCCCUGAUAUUUUGGAAUCCCUGGAGCAGCUGAGCCAGGCUCUGGGCCGGGUUUCGAGUGUUUUGCUCCUGGGCCCUGCAGGCAGUGGCAAGACCACUUGUUGGCACAGCUUAUUUAAGAUCCAGAAUCGGCUGGCAGCCAGGGAGGACACCUCAGCUCAGGGCUGCCAGGCAGUGGAGAUCACCCACCUGUAUCCUAAUGUCCUCAGCCCGCAGGAGUUCCUGGGAUGGCUCGAGGGCCCCUGCUGGCACCAUGGCGUCUUACCCAGGCUGUUUCAUGCAGCCAGUCCAUGUAAGACUGCGGGCCCAAAGGGGCCAUCACAGGAAUCGGUGGCCAUCCAGCACUGGAUAAUAUGUGAUGGAGUCGCCAGUGCUGCCUGGCUGGACUCUAUCACUUGCCUCCUGAGCGAUGCCCCCCAGCUCAGCCUCCCCAAUGGUCAGCAGAUAGCACAACCCCCAGGUACCUUCCUCCUGAUGGAGGUGGGAGAUGCAAAAGGUGUGUCCCCCACAGUGACAAGUCAGUGUGCCCUCGUGUGGUGUGGUGGGGAGCAGACUUGGCAAAGCAUGCUUAAUGUCCUGAUGGCAGCCCUGCCCCAUGAGUACCGCCUGCAGCCCCAGACAGUCACUGAGCUCAACUGCCUGGCUGAAGGACUGGUGCCAGCGGCGAUCCAAUUCCUCACCCGCCAGGGUGUCAGCUCUCUGCUGCAGGCUCAUGGGCAGCAGGCCGUUUGCCCAGGUGUGGCCGAAGUCACCAGCCUGGCCCGUAUCCUGCGUGGUCUGCUCGACCCCCACCUGCACAGAGAUCAAGGGGAAAAGUCACUUGUCUCAGCAGAGGACCUCAGCUAUAGUGAUCCUGUGGCCCAGAGCUUCAAGUCCUCAAAAAGCAGCUCUCUGAACCCAUCCCAGGUUGACACUGAUGAUGUACCUACUGAGUGCAAGGAGCAUUUGCUGGCUGUCAGCAGCUUUCUUUUUGCAUUGAUCUGGGGCUUUGGAGCCCACCUUCCCUCCAGGCUCUGGCCCCUCUUUGAUGCCUUCGUGAGGGGUUUUAUUAGUUGCCUCCGCAACUACCCAGAGCCACUGCCUUCUGCCUCGGUGUUUGAUCUACAUGUAUGCCCUGAAAAUGGGACACUGGUCCCCUUCACUGGCCAUUACCUGGGAAGCCGCAUCAGAGGAAUUCCGGGCAUCUUCAACCCUUCUCCCCAGACUGAACGGCUCUUAUAUGUGGUGGACCUGCUGCUGUCAAAGGGAUACCCAGUGCUGCUGGCUGGAGAGGCAGCAACAGGGAAGUCAACCUUUGUGAAGAUGUUGGUGGAGCCACAUCACCCUUGCACACACAGCCCCAUCCACUCUGCCUUUAGUCCCACCCACCUGCGCCUGCUGCUGAGUCAAGGGAUCCGGGGCCAAGCACAAGCUGCCCCAUCGCCUGGGCCGCACCUGGAUUCUAAAGGCUCCCUCCUCUUCCUGCUGGAAGAUCUGCACCUGGCUGCUUCUAACCCAGAGAAGAGCUGCCAGCCAGUGUUGGAGACUCUGCGCCAGGCCAUAGAUGGCACGGUGUAUGCCCACAGCACCUUGGAAUUGCAGACGCUGCAACCUCUAGUCAACUUCCUUGCCACUGCCACCGUACCAGGCUUCUGUGAAUGCCCGCUGUGCCCACGUCUCUUUAGACUCUUCACAGUGCUCGCCCUGGGUAGUAUGACCCAGGCCAUGCUGCUGAGCAGGCACACACCUAGCAUCCAGGCCUGGCUUGAGCGCUUUCCCUCUGUGGAACGGGAGGGGGUUCUAGCGAAAGCCCUGGUCCAGGCCUCAGUGGAGGCCUGGGAGGCUGUGGGCAACUGCUUUAUGCCUUCCCCGCUCCACCCGCAUUACCGCUUCUCCCUGCACUCUGUAAGCCAAUUACUGGGCAGCUUGCAGCUGCUGCCAACCAGGAUGGGCUCUCAAGGUCUUCCCAACCAUCAGGAGCACUUGCGCCGGGUGUCGGGCUUGUGUGGCAUCCGCCUGACAAUCCUGAUGGCCACACGGAACAUGGUGCGUCUUUGGUUGCAUGAGGCACAGAGGACCUUUUGUGACAGGCUGGAUAGCCCUAGAGAACGCUCCUACUGUGCCAACCUGCUCCUAGAAGUAGCUCAGAGUGUCUUCUGCUGUGGACCAGCACUCCAGCACAGGGGCAAGGGCUAUGAGGAGGAAGAAGAAGAUGAGGAGAGGGUUCCCGAAGUGGAAUCUGAAGGGGAGUUGGCCCAGUGGGAGGACUUAAGCAACAGUGGUAGUGAGACAGAGGAGGAAGACGACCCUUAUGGCCUUCAGGUCACCACAGGCUCACCCUCCAAUGAUUCAGGUCUAGCACCUUCCACAGCACCAGUAAAGGAAAGCAUAGAAAUUGUAAGUCAGAAGACAAGCCAGGAGGAAGGCACAAAGGCCUCCAUCUGCAAAGUUCAGUUACGUAGAAACAAGAGUCGGUGGCAGAAAAUGGCCCAGAUGGACCAGAUCUCACCUCUAUUGCUACCAGUACUACUACUCUGCCCCUGGGAAAAUCCCUCUGACCUGGUCUUCAGUCAGGAGCUGACACUAGGGUCAAACUCUGAGAGCCCCACCCUGUACCUGGAACAGCAGUGGGAGAGCCUGGAGGAGCAGCUGUCCAUCACAGCUGCUCAGCUAAAGUUGAACGCCUCCCUUGCCCGGUGCCAUGCCAUGGCCAAGCACGUGGCCCGCCUGGUCCGGGUGUUGGCCAGGCCCCGGCAGCAUGGCCUACUGCUCUCAGGGGCUCUGGGUACUGGGCGCCGUACUGCCAUCAUUCUGGCAGCUAGCAUUUAUCAGGCCCGCCUCUUCCAUCUGCCAUCUGGCUCAGAGGAGGCUAUUCUCCAGUGUCUGCGGGAUGCCAGCUGGCACGCUGGCAUGUUAGGCCAGCCAGUGGCUCUGCUGGUGCCCAAGGGUGUGAAUCUGACUACCCUUCAUCGGCUGCUGGCCCUGGUAACCUCAGGCAGUUUCCCUGACCAGUACACAGAACGAGAUCUGGAAUGUAUUGAAGAACAUUUCCUCAGGGAGAACCUUAGUGUCAAGCAGAACAUCAAGAAGGAAACACUGUUUCACAGGUUCUACCAGCAAGUGUGCAAUCACCUGCACAUGUUCAUUCUUAUUGGAGACGACCAGCCCCACAAACAGCUGCCCUCCACCCUUUACCUGAGGCUUCUUCAACUGGCCAUUGCUAGCAUUGACCGCUAUGAACCCUGGGACCAGGACUCCCUGAUCAGCGUGGUCCGGCACUACCUGGAGAGUGCUCAGAAUCUAUCCAUUGAUGAUGACUCCUUGAAGUGCCCAGACCUCCAGGCGUCAAUUCCCAGUGUGGCCAAAGCCAUGGCUCUCAUCCACCUUUCGGCUGCCAGCUACCAUGGACACCUAUGCCCUGAGUUGCCACUAGUCACCCCCAAGACCUUCCUAGACUUUCUGGACACCUUUGUGCUGCUGCAACAACAGAUGAGUGUGCAGAUUAAGAAGAAGGCCCGACGGAUCCAGAAUGCCCUGGAAAAUCUGAGAAUGCUUAUGGAGAAGCACACUGCCCACAUCAACUUCAUCUAUAACUUGGAAUGGCUGCUGAAAAACUCCCGCAAGAACCUCCACCUACUUCAUCAGAAGCUAGAGCAAGACAAGCUUCUGUAUAGACGGCAGCUGGCGGAGUGUCAGCAGCAGGAGGACCUCAUCAAGAACCUGAUCAAGCAGCGGGAUGCCCUGCGGGCUCAGUAUGAGGCUUUCCUGGAGCAGAUGGGCAAGGCAUUCCUGGGGCCUCUGAGCCAGCUGCAGGUGACCGACUUUGAAGAGAUACGGAGCUACCGAGCACCACCAGAAUCUGUGGUCCGGGUGACCGAUGCCCUGUGCAGCCUGUUCCGCUGUGAAACAGGCUGGGCCAGUGCCAAGCAGCUCUUAUGCACCGAGGGUUUUUAUCAGGAGCUGGUGUUCUUCCCCAAGGAGAAGAUGACAGACUCCGAAAUGAUAAUGUUAGCCCAAGCUCUGCAAGCUCCAGGUAUGAGUGACACAGCUCUGCGGGCAGUGAGCAUACCUGCAGCAAGCCUGGCAGCCUGGCUCUGGGCUGUCCUGCGCUAUGGGCUGGCACAGCGUCGGGGACUGCCCACGGGCCUGCUGCUGCGACAGAUAGAGGCCACACUGGCUCGGGAGCAGGCCCGCCUGGGCCACCAGCAGUUCCAGGCCCAGGAGACCCUGGAGCACAAACUGGAUCUGGUCAACAAACUGGAAGACUCCUGGGUUUCACACAACCAUGUGAUGGAGAAUCUCAGUCAUGCUAAGUGUGGCCAAUAUCACAAGUGGCCCAUAAAGGCUGCGCUGCUCACACCUAAGCACUCCUGGACUACAGAGCUCCAGAUGUUGAAGGAGCACUGCACAACUCUGUUCGGGGAUGCCCUUCUGUGUUCAGCUGCCAUCAUCUACCUGGGUCCUUUCCCAGCACUGCGGCGCCAGGAGCUACUGGACAAGUGGCUGGCUCUGUGCAGGGGCUUCCAGGAGCCCCUGGGCCCAGAUGAUGUGGCACAGGCCCUGAAGCAGAAGCAGAAAUCUGCCAUUGUGCUGCCAAAGAACCCCCUGCUCCCCACACGCUCUCCCUUCAACCUUCUGACCCUGCUGAGCUCCAAAUCUGAACAGUUCCAGUGGGACCGAGACCUGAAGCCCCAGGCAAAGUCAGCCCGCCUGGCAGGCCUGCUCCUGCGAAGCCGCACCCACUACUCCAGCUGCCGUUGGCCUCUGCUGCUUGACCCCAGCAACCAGGCCCCCAUCUGGCUGAAUCCUCUGCCUCUGCAGGAGACUAGAUGCCUGGCCCCAGGUGCAGAGAUGGGCUUUGUGAGAAAUCAAGAAAAAGAAGACGCUGUGGGAGAGGAAGAUGACAAAAGUGAAAAGAGUGAUACGACGAAGGGCAAGACAAAAGAGCAGAAGACAGAGAACAGGGAAAAUGAGGAGGAAGGAAACAAGCAAGAGCAUGAGGAGGAGGAGGAGGAGGAGAAGACAGAGAGACAGAGGUCAAGGCCAGCCUCAGAGACUGGGGCUCUGCUCCUUCCCUCCCUUCAUGUGCUCUCAGGCGCUGACCCAGAGCUGGGUCCUCAGCUCCAGAAGGCAGCUGCCAGUGGCCUGCCCGUGCUGCUGACCAACAUGGAGCUGGGCCUGUGGUGCCAAGAACUGCAAUGGCUACUGCGGCGGGAGGACCUGAGCCCACCCCAGGUGCAGCCCAGCUUCUGUCUCUAUCUGAGUACUACUGUCCCCCUCAGUGCCUUGGAAAAAGUACUAGGUUAUGACCUGCUGAAGGGGCUGAAUGUGCUGGAUCUGAGCCUGAACAUGGAAAUCCUAGAAGAACAGAUGCUGCACGAAAUCAUGUGUGUUGAGUGUCCUGAGCUUGAGAGCCGCUGGCAGGACAUAAAGAUCAGAGCCCUGGACGCCCAUGACACUGUGGAGGCUGCUGAGGAGGGGCUGCUGCUGCUGCUGCUCCAGAACUCAGAACAUGAGAAACCAGCCAAAUUCCUGCAGGACCUGGUGAGGGCCCAGGCAAAGCUAUGUCAGCUGCGUGCCCACUGCGAGGAGCUAGAAGAAAUGAGACUGCAGGAGGUUGUACACUGGGCACCCUAUCGGCAUGUGGUCUGGCAUGGAAUGGCCAUUAUAAAGGCCCUUAGCCCACUGCAUAACCUGGUGCCACUCUUCCGAAUGCACCCAGAAGACUGGCUAGCAGCCACCAAGCGGGCCCUGAACCAUGUGCAGCAGCAUGAGAUUCACCAAGGGGAGGACCUGCCCAGGCAUCUGCUGUACCUGAGAAUACAGCUGACCCGCCAGCUACUGGGCAGUACUGUGGCUGCACUGGGCCUGCCCCGGUUACCGUUGGUGGGUGCCUUGGGUGCUCUGGCUCUGCUGCAGGCAGCAAGGAAGGCACCAGAGCUGGAGAGGCUGGCGCUUUGGCCUGGCCUGGCAGCGUCUCCUAGCACAGGCUACAGCAAGCCAAGUGUGGCUCGACCAGCCUGGCUGGGGUUGAGAGCCUGGCAAGAAUGUAGAAUAUUAGAGCUGCUGCCACCAUUUGCUGGGCUGUGUGCAUCCCUGGCACGCCAUUCCAAUGUUUGGCAGGCUUAUCUGUCUCUGUCAUCCACAGUGCUGGGUCGUGCGCCUGGGCCUGGGCCUGGGCCUGGGCCUGGGCCUGAUCCACUCAGUCUCCUCCAGAAGCUGAUUUUGUGGCGUGUGCUGCGACCUGAGUGCCUGGCAGGGGCCCUGGCAGACUUUACCACCAGCCUCCUGGGCCGGCCCCUGGAUGAAAACCUGGGUGCCUCGACCAUUCCCUUCGAACACAGCCAGGCUACUCAGCCCAUGCUAAUCUUGUUGCCACCACCUGGUCACCCCACAACCACCAUGCACCCCCUGACUGUCAUCCAGAAACUGGCUGCGAGGGAUGAGCAGGAACAGAAGCAUCUGGAGGUGAUUGCCCUGGGCUCUGAAGCCUGGGACCCAGUCUCAGUAGUGGUUAGCACUCUAUGCCAGGCUAUGCACAAAGGGCACUGGCUGGUACUGGAGAACUGUCAUCUGAUGCCUCACUGGCCGAAGGAGCUGCUACAGCCUUUGUGGAGGCUGUUGGAUGGAGCCAGGGUGGUCUCGGACCUGGAGUCAGAACCGCUUCUAGCCCAACCUGCAAGCAGGAACGUGGCUACUGUCCACAGAGAUUUUCGUCUUUGGCUUAUUUUGUCUGCAGAGGCUAUUGCUUCCUUACCAGCUGUACUUACUCAGCACUCUAUGCCUGUUUUCUGGGACCAGUCCCUGGAACUGAGCCACAUCUUGAUCAAUAGCACAGAACUAGCCCAGCAAGGACUGCACAUGCAAUCCCCAACCAGGACGCUGCCUCUGGUCCUCCUGCAUGGCCUUCUGCUACACCGUCAGCUCUAUGGAAUGAAGCUGCAAGCACACAGGGGGCGUUGGAGUCAAGUGACCCUGACCCAGGCCCUUAAGAUCCAAGACCAGCUGUGGGCCAGCCUUAGCAAUCCCAGUGCUGCCAUGCAGGAGCUGGCUGCUUCGGUUUUCUAUGGGGGUCCUGUGGGAGACAACAAGGACAGGGAGACCCUGAUUAGCCUAACACAAGCAUGCCUGAGCCCCAGCAGCAGGAGCUGGGCUCAUCCACACACACCCCAGAAUCUGCUGGCUACCCUGCUGCCCAGCCCAGAGCUAAGGGGACUGGAUGCUCUGGCAAAGUGCAAGGCCCAGAUGCACCUACUGCCCACACCUCCUGAACCCCGGAGCUGCGGACUGAGUGCUGGCCCCCAGGCCUGGCUGUCGCGACGCAAGAGUCGCGCUCUCCUGAGCGCACUGCAGCAGAGUUUACCCGCUUGGGUUCCUGCGGCUCGAGGAGCCUCCCGGCGCGCUGAAAGGUGGCUGCGGCAGCGCCUAGUGCAGGCCACACAGAGGCUGGAGUCCCUGCAGGCUCUGCUCUCAGACACCGCCCGCCCGGUAGAGUCUGGCGCUGAGUGGGGGGUGCUGCGGCAGCGGCCCCUGCAGGCCUUCCUCCAGACCGAGGUGCUGGAACUGAGCCACCUGGCGGGCAUGGUGCUACGUGACCUUGAUUGCCUGUUGCAGCAGCUGAAGGGCGCGAUCCCGUGCACCUCCCGGCGCUGUGCCGCUGUGGCCCACUCUCUCCGGACUGGCCGCCUACCCACGCCUUGGCGUCCCUAUGCGCCUGCCGGCCCGCAGCCGCCCUGGCAUUGGCUGCAACAGCUGUCCCGCCGUGGGCAGCUGUUGGUUCGCUACCUGGGCGUGGACGCCCAAGUACCAGGGCGCAUCUUUCACCUAUCAGCCUUUUGCCACCCGCGACGCCUGCUGCUGUCACUACGUUGGGAGGCUACGUUUGCUACGGCCGCCCUGCACCAGCAUGUGCCCGGCUCAAAUCUCCCUCAAUGCCAAGGCUCUGACUUAAGUGGGCUCCUUCAUCAACGUCAGGAGCUAAACAGCAACACUUUGCACCUCCAGGUGGUGAACGGCCAAAAUCCUACGGUUCCAAAGAUGGGGCUGCUGCUGAUUGGGCUCCAGCUCCGGAACGCAGAAUGGGACCCGUUAGCAGGGGCCCUGCAGGACAGCACCUCCAGCCAGCCCAGCCCUCUGCCUCCGGUCAGCGUCUGCGCCCAGGCCCGGGGCGCCAAUGAUCUUCCACGGCCAGCCGGUCUGGCUGUGUAUUCCUGUCCUGUGUAUAUGGAAGGGCCCCUGGGCAUCGUUAGGCUGCACAGUAAGAACAUCCUGAUGUACCUGCCCCUGCCCACGAAGCUCAGCCCCGCCACCUGUGAUCAACUGAGAGUCCAUGUGUGCAGCCCACCCUUGCCAUGAGGCCUCAACCAAAAUAAAGUUGGGAUGAUCGAUGAAA